AUGUCAGACUCACCCUCCAGUGCCCCGCAUAGCACUCUCGUCCCGUCCGCCACCUUUGUCCGCCGCCUGAAACAUGCUGCCGCAGUUGUCGUGCACCAUGGCAAGAAACACACAGGCGUCGGUAUAGUCUGUGCCGUGGCUUAUUUUGACCCUGGUAAUUGGGGCGUCGACCUCCAAGCAGGCUCCCAAUUCGGAUAUCACUUGUUGUUCGUGGUCCUGCUCGCGGGACUCUUUGCUGUCUUCCUCCAGGUCCUUGCCAGUCGACUUGGUUGCGUGACAGGUAUCGAUCUCGCUUCCCACACACGUUUAUUGUUAUACAAUCGUCCUAAGCAUACGCUUCUUUACCGAUGGCUGGGUCUUUAUCCCCUCUAUGUCUUGGCGGAAGUUGCUAUCAUCGCCACGGACCUUGCUGAGCUUCUAGGAUCUGCGAUUGCUCUCUGCAUGCUUUUCCCAAAGCUGGAGCUCUGGCAUGGUGUACUAAUCACUGCCUUCGAUGUAAUCUUGAUUCUCGGAAUGGGUGAUCCUUUGCGUGGAAAGCCUGUGAGGAUGUUCGAAUUGCUUAUUGGUGCCAUGGUUCUCGCGGUUUUGAUCUGUAUGAUCGUCAUUAUUUCCAAGGUUGACGUAAACUGGGCGCACGCCUUCGAAGGCUAUAUCCCUUCGAAGCACAUUUUUGCUCAAGGGGGCGUAUAUACCUCUGUGGGUAUUCUUGGAGCAACUGUCAUGCCGCACAGUCUCUUCCUUGGGUCAGCUCUUGCAACACAAGAUCGGGUCUCAUUUAGGUCGGACAAAGAUACGAGGACGCUAACUACACUGGUCACGAAAGAUUCACAAGAAUCUCUAACUCAAGUACCGCAAGUACCGGAACGUCAAUCCCUCUGGCACAGAAUAUACGAAGAAUGUCGAUACUCAGUACUUGAUGCAUUCCGUAAACCGCCGGCGAGCAUAUUCGCUACGGCUGCGACACGGCACAGCGAACGCCAAAAUAAUACUUACGAGUUCAUCCGUGCGCAUAUCUAUCAUGGAACAUUCGAUAUUGUUGGCAGUCUUCUAGGGUUUGCCGUCAUGAUUAAUUCACUGAUUUUGAUGUUGGCUGCCGCCGUGUUCUUUUACGGAAAGGAAAUGCCACAGGACAAGGACGCUGCCAGCUUGUUUGAUGCUUAUGAUCUUAUUCGUGAUAUUGUUGGCAAACCCGCCGCCACCCUAUUUGCUAUUGCACUUUUGGCUGCUGGACAGAGCUCGUCCAUCAUUGCCACCGUCGCUGGCCAAGCUGUAUGUGAAGGCUUUUUGCAAUGGCGUGUAUCGCCUAUAGUUCGUCGGUUGUUUACACGCCUUCUUGCCAUUAUACCGGCUAUGAUCGUCGCCAUCGCUCUUGGCCGAGCUGGGAUUGAUGUCCUGCUCGUCGUGUCGCAGGUUGUUCUCUCGAUUGUGCUGCCCUUUAUCACAUUUCCGUUGCUCUUUUGCACAUCUAGCAAGGCCAUCAUGACUGUCCGCAAGAUGCCGGUCGAUAACCCUGGUUCUUCUGGCUUCAUAGAAUCUACUGUGAAUGCGGCGCCUUCUGAGAUCUCUACAGUGACUCUCAGUGGAUUAGAAAAUGCGGAUGACAAUGGAGAGCUAGUAGAUUACAGCAACAACAAGCUAACGAUGGCUGUUGGGGCCAUGAUUUGGCUCGUCGUUGUCGCUGCAAAUAUGUAUGUGAUCGUGGAACUGGCCCUCGGCAAAGGGGCAUAA